UUGGGCUCUCUAACUCUUCAUAGUAUGGCUCGUUUCAUGAACAACGAUGCUGAAUGGAUAGCCUUACAUAGCUUUGGGCCCCAUCUACCUGCUGUCCUUUGAUUCUUAAGCCAGGUCUUCCCCUACGUUUGCUGUCUUUCUCUUAUACUGCAUUUUCUGCACUUCAUACAACCAGAAUUCAAAAGAAGAGACCAAAUUCACAAUGUUCGGCGACAGUAUUCUCAGCUGGUUCAAGUCCUCCAAACAGGAGUCGGCCCCUGAGGCCACCUGGGACCCCAACACUGUUACGAUGACUCAGCCUCAGAGCCCUGCCGGUCCUACCACUGAGGGUGUCGUUACCGGUCAACCUAUUCCCAACAACAACAUGGAUGUGAGCCUUCGUGGUGGUGGUCCUCCCCCCGGACCUGGCGGUGACGAUUGCUGCUGCUGCCUCGACUGCUUCUGCUGCUGUGAUGACUGCUGUGGUCCCGACGGACCUCCUGGUGGCCCUGGCGGUCCGGGAGGUCCUGGCGGUCCUGGUGGUCCUGGUGGCCCCGGUGGCCCCGGUGGUUGGUAAAGAACACCAACGUCUACGAUCAUGUUUCUUUUCGUUCUUAUCAUUUUACUCGCCACGUUCGAACUUGAUACCACUAUACUGAAUGUGAUGUUGUGGCGCAAUGGAUGAGCGGGAGCUUGUUUGCCUGACGGAGGACAUGUCAAUGGUAGAUAAGCUCUGUGUCAUGGUUGUUUUGUAUGAUACUUUGUUAUUAUUGGUUAUGUUAUAUGCAAGACUCUCGGAUUACUCGAUCACCUAUCACUUGGGGAAUACUUCAACGCCCUUGCCGCUUGGGGCGUACUUUCAUACUAUAAAGACUGUAUUCUAGUCCAAAGAUAUCUACAACACGGCAUAAUGCAAUAUUACCUGA